GCGUUAUCCCUCUGCUGAGUGAGGGGAUAAUACCAUUUAGACAGAGAGCGUCCUCACACGAGGACAAGAUGUUUUAGCAUAGAAGUCUCACUGUGACAGAUGAUGAUAUUCAGGCAGGAAUUAUCCAGAGCUUUUGUAAUAUUCUUUUUUGUAUAUAAACUAAAAUAAAUAGAUUAAUCCAGUCGUUUCAAUCGAAGGAGUUAUUUAUUUUCGGACAGAUCACACAGGGAAUUUGUGACGGUCUUUCCUAAAGAAUGAAUUAGUGGCUCUCGGGCAGCGUUUACAUGCAACAGCGCAGAAAGCCCCGCAGCACACGGACGCACGGAUAGAUGCUGUAGACCGCGUUCACCGGGACUCAGAGCGCCUUUUAGAGCCGAUGGAGCGACAGGAUGAUGGGGAGGAUAGUGCCGAGGAGCCGGGAUCUCCGGCCCUAGCUCGUGAGCACUCAGGCAGCCCACAGCAGGAGGUGUCUGGCAGCAUGAGGAGGAACGACAACUACCUGCCGGUCCCUGGCGAGGAGAAGAACCUGGAUGUGGACAACACCACUGCCAGGAGCAACGAGUCCAUACCAAUGAAAAAUAUGUAUGCGGAUGACGGCUCGCCUCUGUCUUCACGACUUGGCCCAUACUUCUCUGACGGACGGCGCCGGGUGGACUACGUGCUGGCAUACCAAAUCCAAAAGCCUGCCAGCAUUCGGCGCCAGUCCUCCAGGUUCGGAGAUAAUAACUUCAUCCGACGGCUCCGGCGCAGCCUGAGCAUGAGAAGCAGCCGUGCCCCCCUGCAGCCAAAAGAAGACCCUGAGAUCGCCGCCCAGGAUCAACGGACUGACUACCAUGAGGAUGACAAGCGCUUUCGGCGGGAGGAGUUUGAGGAAAACCUCCUGGAGACUGGGCUGGAGCUGGAAAAGGACGAAGCGACUAAGAUCUCUGGAAUUGGCUUCUUGAAGAUCCAUGCUCCUUGGAACGUUCUGUGUCGUGAGGCUGAGUUCAUGAAGCUCAAGAUGCCAACCAAGAAGGUUUACGAGGUGAAACAAGGCAGUAAUCUGGUGGAGAAGAUCCGACUGUUCAUCCACAAAGUCACAGCUCCCCUCCACCCCAAAGUGGACGCCAACCGGCCACAAAGCAUCAAGUCCCUCUCUCACCCCUUCUCCAGAGAGAAGCAGCAUCUGUUUGAUCUGUCUGACAGGGACAAGUUCUUUGACAGCAAGACCCGGAGCUCAAUAGUCUAUGAGGUUCUGAAGAGGACGAGAUGCACCCGAGCCAAAUACUCCAUGGGGAUCACCAGUCUACUAGCUAAUGCUGUCUAUACGUCUGCUUACCCUCUGCAUGAUGGAGACAUCGAGGGGGUGAAUGCAGAAGCAAACGACAGGAAGCUGCUUUACGAGGAGUGGGCCAGCUACAGCGUCUUCUACAAGUACCAGCCCAUCGGACUCAUAAGGAAGUAUUUUGGGGAGAAGGUGGGACUAUAUUUCGCCUGGUUAGGAGUCUACACACAGAUGCUGAUCCCUGCAGCCAUCGUCGGAGUCAUCGUGUUCCUCUACGGCUGUGCCACUGUCGAUGAUAACAUACCAAGUAUGGAGAUCUGUGAUCCCAGGAACAACAUCACCAUGUGUCCGCUGUGCGACCGCGCCUGCAGCUACUGGAAGCUGGUGACCGCCUGCGGGACGGCCCGGGCCAGCCACCUGUUCGAUAACCCCGCCACCGUCUUCUUCUCCAUCUUCAUGGCCCUCUGGGCGGUUCUCUUCAUGGAGCACUGGAAGAGACGACAGAUGCGGCUCAACUAUGUCUGGGACCUGACGGGCUUCGGAGAAGAGGAGCAGGAGGAACAUAAGGACCACAACCGAGCCGAGUACGAGUUGCGGGUCAUGAAAAAGACAAUGAAACUGGAACAAUCCAGCCCCAAGAGUGAGAAAGUGAAGCUGACCUGUACAGACAGAAUGCCAGCUUACCUGACUGCCGUGUUGAUGAUGGUCUUCAUGAUCCUCGUGACGUUUGCCAUGGUCUUCGGGGUCAUCCUGUACCGGAUCAGCAUUAAGGCAGCGCUGCACAUGAGCACUUACUCCGCAGCACGGUCCAACAUCAGAGCCACAGUCAAAACCACAGCCGCCAUCAUCAACCUCAUCAUCAUCAUCAUCUUAGAUGAAAUCUACGUCGCCAUCGCCCGCUGGCUCACCAAACUGGAGGUGCCAAAGACAGACAAGAGUUUUGAAGAGCGUCUCAUCUUCAAAACCUUCAUCCUGAAGUUUGUCAAUGCAUUCACGCCCAUCGUCUAUUUGGCCUUUUUCAGGGGCAGGCUUGUUGGGCGGCCUGGAAGCUACUUGUAUGUUAUUGGAUCGUACAGAAUGGAAGAGUGUGCUCAUGCAGGCUGCCUCAUGGAGCUGUGCAUCCAGCUGUGCAUCACUAUGCUGGGCAAGCAGCUCAUCCAGAACAACCUGUUUGAGAUUGGCAUGCCGAAGCUGAAGAAACUGCUCCGGAGGAGGAAGUCAGAGUUGGACUCAAAGCAAGAGGAGGAGCUGAACAAAACCCUGCAGCGGCACGAGAAGGACCACAACCUGGGUCCCUUCGUCGGCCUCAGCCCCGAGUACAUGGAGAUGAUCAUCCAGUUUGGGAUGGUAACUCUUUUCGUGGCCUCCUUCCCUCUGGCUCCUCUCUUCGCUCUCCUGAAUAACAUCAUUGAGAUCCGCCUGGAUGCCAAGAAGUUUGUCAUGGAGCUGCGCAGGCCGAUUGCAGCCAAGGCCAAAGACAUUGGCAUCUGGUACAACCUCUUGAGAGGCCUCAGCAAGGUAGCAGUCAUCGUAAAUGCCUUUGUCAUCUCCUUCACCUCGGACUUCAUCCCUCGGCUGGUGUACCAGUACAUGUACAGCCUGGACGGCACCAUGCACGGCUUCGUCAACCACACCCUGUCGUACUUCAACGUCAGCGACUUCCAGCCCGGCACAGCCCCUCUCCAGCCAAUGCACCUGGGCUACAAAGUAGAAAUAUGCAGGUAUAAGGACUACAGAGAGCCUCCCUCCUCCAGCUCACAGUAUGAACUCUCCAAAGAGUUCUGGGCGGUUCUGGCCGCUCGCCUCGCCUUCGUUGUUGUCUUUCAGAACGUGGUGAUGCUCAUGAGUGACUUUGUGGACUGGCUGAUCCCGGACAUCCCCAAGGACAUCAGUCUCCAGAUGCACAAGGAGAAGAUUCUCAUGGUGGAGCUCUUCAUGAAGGAGGAGCAGGGCAAAAGGCUUGCAGCGCGGGACAACCACAACCAGGACAACUGCAACUCCCCCUCCUCUGCGACGCAGACCCCCCCGCAGCCGCGCUCCAGAACCGCCACGCACGCAGUCGGGUGGGAAAACAAGCACAAGCAGCCAGAAGAAAACCCAGCACCUAUAUAUAAACUGUAAAUACGCUACUUUAAGACAGCUGUUAAAGACCUUAAACACAUGAUCAGUUUUUAAUAAUCAGCAAAGCUUUGCUGCGUUCAUGUUGUUUGGUAAUACUUGCAGUAAUUAACCUGCAGUUCAAACAUUAACGUGUUAGCAGUAUAACUAAUUGUUUGCCUCUUUUUAUCUUUUUUCCCUUUUUCCCAUGUAAAGAGCAAGCCAUACAUUAGGCAUACAUCUAGCCAGUGGUUAAACAAUACUCUUGGAUUUAGAAUCGCAAACUGUGUUUGAAGGGAACAAGCCAUUAGUUCACUUGACUCUGGGAAAAUUCCUUGUCAAUGGGAUCUUCAUUCAGGAUGUCCAAACCCAACCCAACCUGCAACUUAAUAUGAAUAUUUUUGAGCAGUACUGUAGGUUCAUAACUGCCACCUUUCUCACGGGACUUGAAUGCAGCUUUUAUAUUAAAGACAGCCUCCGUCCAAAUGGCCCUGCUGAGAAGAAUUCCCUCCCAACACAACAGGAAGUCCUUUCUCCUGCCAACACUAAAGCUCAGAGGCCUUUUACCCCGUGUCUUUGCAGAGUUAUAUACAAAUGCAAGAUUGUAUUGAUGUACUGUUUUUAAUGCGCAACAUGGUCUAGCACAUGUGUUUUGUUUAUUGAGAUGAACACCAGAAGGUUUUGGAAGAACUUCUGUGUCAUCAAUUUGUACUCUUGUUUUGUACGAGCACCAUUUUGCUCAUUGUUACAUUUGUUAUAUUUUGACUAUGUACAAACUGUCAAACAGUGCUCAGUGGCAUUAUUCCUGGAAGCACAAGUCACAUUAUUUUUCAUUCCAAUUAACUGGAGUCUUAAAGCUGUAUUUGGCUAGAUUUAGAGGAUAAACACAAAGUGACGUCACGCUCCUCUCGCUGAGAUGAUAUACUGUAGUGUAGAUACUUCGGGUGUGCCCUAAUAACCACGAGAGAAAUAUUUUCAACACAAGUUUUUAAUGAAAAUGAUUCCUUAAGCUUUAUAAAUAGAUUGUUUAGUGAUUAUCUUAUGGAAGUUGUCAGCACAACAAGUUGAAAACCACAGACUGAAUAUCAAAGUAAAUGUACAGAAGUUACCGUGACAUCAGCCAUUGGUUUGUAGACUACUGUUUCAUGCCUCAAAUGUUCCAUUUUGGUUGUCACCAUUUUGGUUUGCAUGAUCCAUGGAGGAGAGGUACUUUAGGAGCUGGAGAGGAGGGAGGCCAGGCGAUGCUAGGUACUGUUAGCAUGACAAGCACUAAAUUACCAGCUAACGCUAGUGCUGGUUUGAUAGCUUGGUUAGCAAGGUCGAUCUGUAAUUCAUGUUAACUUACCUGCUUUCAUUAACAGGGCGCCAAUGAAUACUUACGUUGCAAAAAAUACAGAGUUUGUUAGCAUAGUGAAGUAGUGCGUAAUCAAGGGAGUUGUUGUCUUAACCACCAUUGCCGCUGCACUGCACUCAUUUUCUCCUGAAAAAUCUUGCGGAUGUGAAUCCCUAAUAUCCAGGAGGGUCCACUUGUAUAGAAGUCUCUAGGAAAAUGAAUUUCACUCAAUGAAAUACCACAGUAAAUCAUUUUCUAGUGAGUUAUCUCAAUCACUAGCUCCAAAUAGCAUGAUGUUUAUUUUGUAAAUGAUUUUGAGUACAUGGAAGUUAAUUGUAAUGGUUUGAUUGCCUGAAAUGUUUCUUCUUCAGUAUUUGGUUUUAUUAUACUUCACUAGGGAUGGGUAUCGAGAACUGGUACUAAGUCAGUACCGGUACCUGAUUGGACGGUAUUGGUAUACCGUUAAGCCGCUGGUGCUGCUAUCGGUAUAUGAAUUACGCUACCUCCUUAGUUUAAAUAAUUCUGGUUGGUUGGGAACCCUCAUCCCGUGUGACGUAUCCGGUUUGAGUACCACUCUGAUUGGCCACUGUGAAUGUCACUCGUCAUCUCUCCUAACAGCAUUCUUAUUGUUGUGAGACUCCCGGGGGCAGACCAUAGCAGGGGCAGGGGCAACAUCUUGCUAGAAACAGCAUCUCAAGGCUUCUUAACAUUUAACAACCUAAUAAUGAUGCAUACCCACUUAACGGGAAGAAACUCAGCUAACAGACGAUAUUAACCAUUUGACCUACACGGAACAGAAGUCCAACACCAAGAGUCUAAAUCAACACUUAGCAAAACGGGCUAACGGGGCUAACGGCUACUUUAGCACAUAACUGGCAAAAGCGAUCUUUUCUAAGUCAUUUUAUCAUUUUAUCUGCACAAACAACAUAUCACAUGAAAGCUGAGAUUCCAUUGGUGUAACUGUACGACCAAAACUCACUGAACUAGCAGCCAGGAAAGAGCAAGAAAACAACUUCACUUUACGUAGCCAUGAUGAUAAUGAUGUCUUACCUUUGCUGUUUUGUGAUCAAGGGCAUAAAAACGGUUAAUCCAAUGUCUCUGUGUAACUUUAAAAUAAUUACUGAUAAUCCAUCAUUACAAUUAUAAAUAAUAAACGGAUUAUAAUGGUUAGCUGACGGGAGCUUCCGGUUUAGGAUGUGCGCACCCUGCGUCUCGUUUUAACUGAAUAAUGGUCAUAUUUACAUGGAUUUAUGAACUGCCCCUAAUUACCGCCCCCCUUCCAGAGACACACUGUCAAACACACUCAUACCUGCUUGGUAUGACAUUGAAAAAGUUACAUUAAAUAAUAUAUAAAAAUAAAUUACAAUAAAAUGACAGUUGUUUAAUCUUCACAUCUUGUAAUCAUGUCUAUAAUUUUGAGCACCAAAUUAUUGAAAAGUAUCGAUAAGAGUAUUGAAAAAUACCGGUAUCGAUCAAAUCCUAACGAUACCCAUCCCUAUACUUCACCCUCUCUCUCCAAGAUGAUGAGGCCAAGAAACCAGAUGGCCGAAAGUGCUACAUUUGAGGCUUCAACACCAUGCAACCUUUGUGGCCACCUUUCUCACGGGACUUGAAUGCAGCUUUUAUAUUAAAGACAAAAAAGCUUCCUUAUUAUGUGUCACUAGCCAAUGGGUGGUUGCUAUAUCCACUUUUUGUUUGCAGUCUGCUUCCAGUUAAGAUUGGUCAUCGUUUAGAAGGUUUUUACCAUGAUCCAAAUUAUCAGCAGAGGUGUCCUCUCUACAAUGAGGGUCAGAAGCUAACUGCUUCUAAGUUCCAAAUGUCCCUUAAACUAAAUUCUUCAUUAGGUAUAAAUAUAUAUAGUUAUAACAAACAAAAUCUCAAGAAGAUCUUAAAAAAUGUGGCAAAAAAUCCGUUUUGACCGCAUUUGCAAAGGGGAAACACCAUUACAGAUGACUUAAAGAAAACGGUUAAGGACUUCUGUAUAUUUGAAAAUGGUUGAAAACAUUUUGCAUAUUGUAUGUACACAACUAAGCAAAGUAUGUUACGUAGAACUAGUCUUUUUUAUAGACAUUUUAUUUGCGGAAAUGUUACAUUUUAUACAUUUAAAGUUGUGCACUGAAGAUGGAUUUCAAUGUUUAAAGUCACGUGUAGUGGUACAAAUAUGUCCAUCGUGUUCUUAUAUAAAAUCAGAAAACUGCAUCUUGAAACAAA